AUGGCAGCUUACUUGAACCGGCUGCACCACAUUUCACUGCACGUUUCAAACGUGGAUAAAGUCGCUCAUGAGCUCGUGUCCCGGUUCCAGUUUAAUGUGUUUGCGGCCAGACUGACGGACCGGGCGAAGCAGCUCGCGUUCCGCCGCGGAUCCGCCGUGUUCGUGCUGAACGAGAGAGCAAACGAAGCGCAGCAGAGGGUGAACGGUCAUCAGUCACGUGUCACAGCCAGAGAGCAUCUGUAUGAAGCCCAUGCGCACUAUCCAGUGGACACUGUGUGUAAUGUGUGCUUUGAAGUGCAGGAUGUGGAGCGCUCGUCCAGGGAUCUGCGGGAUCAGGGCUGUGAGUUCAUCCUGCCGCCCACUGAAGCUCGUGAUGACAGAGGGCUGGUCCGCUUCUCCAUCAUCAGGUCUAUAGUGGGUAAUGUGUGCCAUACUCUCAUAGACAGAUCUCAGUACCAGGGCGUCUUUCUGCCUGGUUUCCAUCAGGUCGGGACGGACACACAGACUGCAGAUGACUCUCAGUGUCCAAUCACUCAUUUCGAUCACAUCACAUACGCCUGUCCCAGGAGAAGCACUCCACACAUCACACGCUGGUAUGAGAAGAACUUUGGCUUCCAGAGGUUCCUCAUUAACAGGAAUGAGGAUGUGGAGGAGGGAUACGUUUUGAAACAUGAAGGUAUCGGGCUGCGACUGACUGCAAUGAAAUACUGGAAAUGUAGUGAGUCUGGAAUCAAACUGCCCUUCACAGAUACAACAGAGUCAGACUGCAAGUUUGUGAUCGCAGAAUCUCUUCCUGAGCAAGGCAGGAAUCAGGUGGACACAUUUCUGGAGCAGCACAGAGGCGCAGGGAUCCAGCACAUCGGACUGUACACUGAAGACAUCGUGUCCACGGCUCGAACUCUGACCCGCGCUGGAGUCCAGUUCUUCUCACCCCCUCCUGCAUACUACACUGAGGUGGGUAAACUGCAGGAGAUCGUAGAGGCGGGUCAUGAUCCUCACACACUGAGUCAGUAUGGAAUUCUCCUGGAUACGGAUGUCCGCAUGGACACAGACAGCCAGAUCACGGACAGCCAAAGGUAUCUCCUGCAGGUCUUCACCAAACCCAUUUUUGCAGAGGACUCGUUCUUCCUGGAGCUGAUCGAGCGGAGAGGAGCCAGAGGCUUUGGCGAGGGGAACAUCCGUGCGCUCUGGAGAACCGUGCAGGCUUACAUGAAUGAAGAACAGGAACGUAUUAAGACGGACCACAGAAACCAGCAGACCGGACAAAACUGACUGCUGAACGACCGCUUGAGAAAGUCUCUGUUUUCAGUGGAUCAGUGUGGAUGAGAGACGUAGCUUACACUAACGUAUUAGUGUGGAUGUGGGCAUUUUUUUUUCUAUUCAUUUCUUCAUGUGUGAAGCUUUUUGGAAGAGGGGAAGAAUACUGAGUGCACUAACCCUAUCGUGUAGCAGUUUACAUGUGCGCCUGUAGAUGGUGAUACGAGUCCUGUCCUUUUCCACAUCACACUGAAACUCGGGUGUGGAAUUUUCCAAGAACAACAGUUGGUUACAGUAUUCCCCCUUCAUUCAGCAUGUUGUUGUAUUUUACCAUCUGGUUUGCCUGUUCAGAUCUUUGUCAUGAGUAUUAGAUGUUGGAUAUUUUUAGUUAAAGGUAGAGCUUACUCAAUAAAACUAUC